AUGCUGUUCGUCCUCCCGAAAUUGACGGGUAAUCCCGAAGGGGGUGAUGGGAACCUCUUCAUCCCUCUUGACUGCGACGGUCCUCUAAGCGACCUUGUUCUAGACGGUGCUUUGGAGGACUUUUUCUGGGCCGGUACAACGCUCUGGGACAUAUGCUUCAACGAUCUCAAGGAGCUCCGCGAGUAUCAGCAACAGCUAGGCCUGCCGGGGGCGCCUCACCACAACGACGGCAUGGGGCGGACAACCUUUGACGACAUUCUCAGGAUAUUCUCGACUGUGCGCCCGCCCCUGGUCGGCCCGGAGCAGCCCUACAUCCCCAGUCCCACCGAUCCGAUCAACGGGUGGGUGCUCACGUACCUCGAUGGCGACGGAGGCUGGACCAGGAAAGCCGGGAUAUUAGCCUCUUCGAUGCUAAAGCCGGUGCUCAUCGGUGCUCAUGCUGACAACUGCUCGCCACAAUCUCCGCUGACGCCCUUUAACUAG